AUGCAUAUUGGAUUCGGCGAGCGUGCCGGCGUACUACGGCGGGCGGAAUGGAUGCACUGUCAUCGGUACACGGGGCUCGUGAAAAAUGAAUCCCCAUUAUUGCGGGCCAAUGGACCCCGGACGAUAGCGCGGACGCCCAGGGCCGAACUUAGCGGUCUGGAGGCCUCGGGGCAAGAAAGGAGUGGAGGCCCCUUGGCCCCAAAUAAUUUUGAUGUUUUACUGAUUGCCGGAUUGGAG